AUGGAGGAAUGGAAGUGGCUCGACAAGUACAUCUGCCAGGUGCUUUUAACUGAAGAGGACUUAAUCUGCGGCAAUGCAAUUGCAGCAAUAGUGCAUCGCAGUGAGCAAGAUGCCAUUUUCCAGCGACUGUCGUAUGCAGAGUUCCCUAAACACAUACAGAGGUCUGUAAGAUGCUUGUAUCUCGCAUCACAUUCUGGUGCAAGUUGGCAGCGAGGCAGCAUGGAACGGUACUAUUGCGACUUGCAGGUGGUGAAUUCCGGCCCUCCGACUCGCAUCUUCUUUGAUGUAGAUAUUAACGUGCAGCACUUUCGUAUCGAAUGGCAUUACUCUUCAAGCGAAUCAUGUGGAAGUUCUCUGCAACAGUUGACAAAUAUCACGGAGUCGACAAUGCAAUUGGGAGAAAGGCGUCUUGCAGACUACGACUGUGUAGUAGUAGAUGCCGAUUAUGGAAAUGCUUAUCGAAUGUACAGAGGCAUGGAGGAGCUCGUGAGUAGUAUGAUCCCGCACCAAACAUUCAUCACGACUGGUUGGUUGUAUUACUCCAGGCGUCUCGUGACCAGUCUCGAUCGCAUGAAGGAGAUGUUUUGGUGUUUAGGUGGGUUUUAUGACAACCCACUUCUUCAAACCUCUUCCAGUUGGCGAAUUUGGUGCAAGCAUGGUAUGGUUGACGACACUCUUAGUUGGAAUUUGGUGGAGAUGAUGCGGUGGGCCUGCCUCGAUGUCUUCUGGAAAAGAAGUGGACCAGUACGUCGCUGA